CAGAGUCACCAGCAGGUGGCAGCAGCGCCUGCUCUCAGCUGUCAGGAAGUCUGGACCAGACUCGGCUUUUUCUCCCAGUAAACCGGUUCGUCUCCCAGUUUUCUUCCAGUUCACGGAGUCGAAAGGCGGCUUGAAGCGGGGACAGUUCGCCGGGAUGGAAGAGUAUCAGAACGGCAGCGAGGGUUCAUUCAACUCAGAGGAGGCGGAGAACGUCGUCAAGGAGUGUUUCCCUGGCAACGCGCCGCCCCGCUGACUAACUCAUGACUGAUGGCGGUGUGUUUGCGUCAGGGCAUCGAGAGCGUCCUGGGGGGAGACGACUACAGCCAGACUCAUGUGAACAAAUGGACGGCCGCCGUCGUGGAGCGCUGCCUCACGCAGCUCGUCAAGCUCAACAAACCCUACAAAUACAUUGUGACGUGUUCAGUGAUGCAGAAGACUGGCGCUGGCCUCCACACAGCCAACUCCUGCUACUGGGACACCAGUAUGGAUGGCAGCUGCACAGUGCGGUGGGAGAACCGCACCAUGUACUGCGUGGUGAGCGUGUUCGCCGUCUGCAUCGCCUAGGAGCGGCGGGGCUGCAGCGCUGCGGGCCGCCAGCAGGGGGCGGCGGAGAGCUUCAGGGUUUAAACUGCUACAGCGCUGCGGACCGCCGACAGGGGGCGGCGGAGAGCUUCAGGGUUUAAACUGCUGCAGCGCUGCGGGCCGCCGAAAUGGGGCGGCAGAGAGUGGUUUUGUAUCAGAGCUGCUGCACAAUAAACAGUUUCUGGACCAAACAU